AUGGCACCAUCGCAUGCUCUCAUCGAUGGUCAUAUAGUGCCUGUAGAUAUAUCUUCAACUGUUGGCAGAUCUACAGCGGUUCAACUUGACGCCCUACGAGCCCAACUUGGUAUUGGCGUGGAUCCAUGGUAUGACUAUUCGUACAUGCGUGCACAGAAAGCUCGGAAACGUGGGGACGGAACGGCGAGCGACCAGGAGGAUUUUGAAGCGAUGGUGGCCAAGUUGAAGAAGAGUGACCAACCCAAACGUCGUUACAUGGGCGUCACUGAACAACUCAACUCAAUUCUAAAAAAACAACAGAAAGCUAGAGACGAACAGAAAAAGUUAGUCAAAGCCACCGCCCCUGUGAAGAAGUCCGCGCCCGUGGUGGCUGUGCGAAAGCCGAAGAAGCUCAGAAGAAGGCUGCGCUUGUCAGCAGUGUUCCGUUCGUUGGGUCGAGAGGAUAGAGUCAAGGAUCGUAAGAGUGUAGUUCCUGAUGAUGAUCGGUAUACGCCGAAUUAUGCUGUUUGUUGGCCUUCGAUGAAAGUCGCUGAUUUCAAUAAGAGGGAGCCGUCGGAGACGCGAAGGGAUAGAGUGAAGGCUCUUGAGGAGGAGAGGCGUUCGAUCUUAGUCAAGGCGAUAGAGAAGCGAGAGAAGGCCGCUGAGGAUCCGGGCCCUGUGGAGGGGGAGGAGAAAACUAAGCGAGUGAGAAUGUAUGGCUACGACGACGAUGAGGAUGAAGACGAGCGGGAUGAUAUUUAUGGUGAUUAUGAUGAUGAUGAUGAUGAUAUCAUUCAAAUCGAGGAGAGGAGAGGCCGUGGUGGGGAUCCUCUCAGUUCUAUACCGAGAGAUGCGUACAUACUAGGCGGUGGCUCUGGCUCGAUAAGAAUACCAGAUUUUGAUAAGAUGCUCCCAAGACCCGAUGUUGUUACUCGCAAUGUGAAUGAGUUUAUCCCCGCAGAGAAUGCUGAUUUGGCCAGCAGCACCAGAGUGAACCCACUGGCGAACCUAAUAGAGUUCAGGAAAAUGCCGGGAGGACAGAAGUCUUCGAAGGCUCGUAAAUCACUCUUGCGUGGCGAGCCCGUACCGUUGGAUCCGGAUGCACAUCGGAUCCAUCUGGAGCUGUGA